AUGAAGGUCCUGGCAGCUCUGAAAAGCAACGUGGUAUAUUACGUGAAACACUUGCAACUCGCCAAAUCAGUCGCGUGUAAAACUGCUACUGAAAGACUGAGUAACGACUUUCCCGAACCUUUUCGUUCUAAGACCAGAAAAUACAACACUUUCCAUUGCCAGCCCAGCGUGUGUUCUUACCUACCAGCACCCGUAAACCCAGAGCGCGUGCGCGGGCCGGCAGCCGCGGAAAUCCCGCGAGAUUACCCAGCUGCUUCGGUCUUCCGGGGGAGCCAGCGUAGGUGCCGGAGUUCUGCAAGCAUGGGGAAGGUGAACGUGGCCAAACUGCGGUACAUGAGCCGCGAUGACUUCCGGGUCCUGACCGCGGUUGAAAUGGGGAUGAAGAACCAUGAAAUUGUUCCCUGCAGCCUGAUUGCGUCUAUAGCCAGCCUGAAGCAUGGUGGCUGUAAUAAAGUCUUAAGAGAAUUGGUGAAGCAUAAGCUCAUAGCUUGGGAACGUACUAAAACUGUCCAGGGCUAUCGGUUGACAAAUGCUGGCUAUGAUUACCUGGCUUUGAAAACACUGUCUUCAAGACAGGUAAUUGAGUCUGUUGGAAACCAGAUGGGUGUUGGCAAAGAGUCAGAUAUUUACAUUGUAGCAAAUGAAGAAGGAGAACAGUUUGCACUGAAGCUUCAUAGACUGGGAAGAACCUCCUUUCGAAACCUCAAAAACAAACGGGAUUACCAUAAGCACAGGCAUAAUGUUUCUUGGCUUUAUUUAUCUCGUCUCUCUGCCAUGAAGGAAUUUGCGUAUAUGAAGGCAUUAUAUGAGAGGAAAUUUCCAGUUCCAAAGCCAGUUGAUUACAAUCGCCAUGCAGUGAUCAUGGAGCUUAUCAAUGGGUAUCCCCUCUCUCAGGUGCGUCAUGUUGAAGACCCUGCGUCAGUCUAUGAUGAAGCUAUGGAACUGGUAGUCAAGCUGGGAAGUCAUGGGCUGAUUCAUGGAGAUUUCAAUGAGUUCAACCUCAUGCUGGAUAAGGAUGACCACAUCACCAUGAUUGAUUUUCCACAGAUGGUUUCCACUUCCCACCAGAAUGCUGAAUGGUAUUUUGACAGAGACGUUAGAUGCAUCAGAGAGUUCUUCAUGAAGCGUUUUGGCUAUGAAAGUGAGCUCUACCCAACCUUUAAUGAUAUUAGGAGGGAGGGCUCCCUUGAUGUUGAGGUCUCUGCCAGUGGCUACACAAAGGAAAUGCAAGCAGAUGAUGAACUGCUCCAUCCGGUAGGUCCCGAUGACAGAGUUACUGAAACAGAAGAGGAAUUUGACUUCUCAUUUUCUGAUGAAGAGAUGUUAGAAAAAGCCGAAGUUUGGAGGUCAGAGACAGAAAAGGCACCAAACUCAGUAGAUGAGUCUGGCAGCUCCUGUUGCCGCUCCCCUGCAGACGGCAAGCAGAUAAAAGAAGAUGGCGCCUCAGAGGGGAGCACUGAUGGACCCAGCUUUGAAAUGACCGAAUUAAGUCAGGCUGUAGAAGAAAUGAAACUGCCUGUUCUUACACACGGAUCUGUUACUGAGUUUUCUGAGGAGAGCAAUAGAACUGAAAGCGAUACCAGACAUGAUGGCCAGACAGGUCAGUGCAGAAGCCCGGCUGGCUCUGAGGAGGAUGAGGAUGACUACCCCCAUCUGAUUGCCUUGUCAUCACUGAACAAAGAGUGCAGGCCUUUCAGAGAUGAAGACAGUAUGAGGAGCGUUGCUCAACAUCGAACAAGAACCCUGAGUGUUACAUCUGCAGGCAGUAUCCUGAGCUGCUCCACCAUCCCUCCAGACCUCGUGAAGCAGAAGGUGAAGCGCCAGCUGACAAGGCAGCAGAAGGCAUCUACCAGACGCCGGCUGCAGAAAGGAGAAGCCAGUGUGUUCACCAAGCAGAGGAGGGAAAACAUGCAGAAUAUUAGAUCGAGUUUGGAAGGAGCCAGCUUUUGGGGAGACUAAUACAUUUCUGUGAUAUAUGUAUG